UGAUGGUAAAACGCAAGUCAAAACCAGCAACAGUUGAGGAGCUGGCUGAAGAUCUUGAGUCAGCCGCAGUUGAGAUAGAGGAGGCCGCAGGUGAAACACCAACACCUGAGGAUAACAAAAGUGAUACUGAAGGAGAGUCAGAGGUUGAAAGGAAAAGAUGUGAGCUUAUUAGACUAAGUGAAGAUGGUGAGAUAGAUAAGAGCGUAAAAUAUAUAAGAAAGGCGAACAGAAAAAUAAUUGAAAAAAUGCAUAGAGAGCACGAUAGGAACAGACAGAGGAAAGCAAACGAAUUCCUAACAGACCUUAUCAUUAGUAAGUUCGCGUUAGUGUUAGGUGGGCUUGACGCUGUGGAAAAUCCUAAGGAAUUAGAGUUUGAGCUUUCAAGGGAUGAGCUUCUUAGGAGAGAUGUGUAUAAGGCGGUCGAGUCGAUAACACCAUACGUGCCUCUCAUGGGUAUGCUAUCUGGUGGACUGACAAUAGUUAAGCAUGUAGCAAAACACAAGAUCAUGUGGACCAACUUCAGGGAAGUCCACCCUGAGGAAAAACAUAUAGAGAAGCUGGAAAUUAAGAGUGAGUCUCAAAAUAAAAAAGAAAAUGAAAACGGGUAAAAAAAAACAUCCAGGGAUGUUCAUGAGAAUAAUCAACAGAGAAAUAUACAUUAACACACCACCUAAACUAGUGCGGUAGAAACACUACCUUUCAGUAAACUUCAAGUAAAACCUUAAAUAAUCCAGCGGUCAUCUAAGAUUUUACAGAAAAAAAAGAAAAACAUAUAGGGCGGUUUUUAUUUUUCAAAGUGUGUUUUCUACUUAAAGAAAAAAUGAGAACUAAUAUUAUAGUGAAAAUGACAGCAAACCCGUGCGAACACACAGCGAACCCGUGCGAACACACAGCGAACCAGUGCAAAGUAAAGUUCACUGGAUGCGGUUCAUACUGGGGAUGCCACACCUGUCACAACGAGAACUGUAGCUGUGGAGAGACGUUCUCUGAAAAGCAUGUGACUGGAAUACUGUGUUUAUCAUUAAACAACGAAAACGACAACUUCCACUGCGUCAAGUGUGGAAUAUGUAGGAAGGGUAAGUCAGAAAAAUUCCACUGUGAUGGAUGUGACAUUUGUAUGAAAAGGGAACUCAAAGACAACCACAAGUGUAGGAAGGAGGGUAUGGACUCAGAGUGCCCAAUUUGUAUGGAAACCACCUUCAAGGAAUGUGAGGUGUUAAGGUGCACACACAGAAUACACAGCUGGUGUCUGAGGGAGCUACUUACUUCAGGAUCCAACAAGUGCCCAUACUGUAGAGAGGACAUAGAAGACGAGGAGCACUCGGGAGACGACAGCAUGGACCACGUGGAAGAGGCUAGAGGAUUCCUAAUGUUCCUAUCAAUGAUGAGAAGGAAUGCAAUGGAACUGAUGAAUGGUUCAACACUAUCCAGCUCCGACGUAGUAAUAGAAACGAUUAAUGAGAUAUCACUGCUAACUGGAAGAGUAGAGCAAAGACUUGAAGUAACAGCAGAGGACAACGAAAGGUUUAGACGACUAGAAGCAUUUUUCAGGGAUUAUGAGCAGAAUAACUUCAAUACAGGUGGAAGGGACCACGAAAUACAAAGAUGGAUAAACCAAACAUACGACCGCCUAACAUCACUAGGUGAGGACAGUCAGGUUUGGAGAAGCAACGACAGGGGACUAGAGUCACAACUAAGCAGACUGGCUUGGUGGUACUACACACACACUGAAUACGAAGUCUUCCUCGAAAGAGGUCCUAGAGGAAUAAGAAGACUACACAAGGAACAAUAGAUGACCACAUCGAUAUACUUGAGGACCCAGAGGAGUAAGAGAACUACGGGUUACGGUUGACACCGAAAUACAUAACAUGAGAAACACUUACAUUCAAUUAACUUUUAUUAAGUAAACCUUAAAUAAUCUGGAGGUUAUCUAAGAUUUUACUUAAAAACAAAAAUGUAUUAUAAUAGUAUAGAGAAAAUGAGUCUGAAACAAAUGGUGUUCAAAUGUGAAAAUCCAGAAGCAAGUGUGAAAGCCAUACUCACACCAAGUGAGAGACAUACCUUAAGGGUUACGACAUAGCCAAAGCUCUGGGGUACGUGAAACCUAAGCAUGCUAUUAAAAGGCAUGUGGAUGAAGAAUUUAAAUCAACGCUGAGGGAUCUAAAGGGGGCCCCGUUUCGGGGCCCCUUUGAAGGCGGUCAACCAGAGACAAUUUACAUCACGGAGCCCGGUUUCUAUGCACUUGUCAUGAAAUCAAAACUUGACGAAGCGAGGGAAUUCCAGAAGUGGGUAUUCAGCUUUGUGCUACCAACCUUAAGAAAACAUGGUCAGAUAAAACUGAACCAACGUGAUUUACUAUUUAAGAUUGAGAGUGAGUUUGACCUACACACAAAAGUUGUUGCGUACAUACGGAGAUUCUACCACGACGCCUUAAUAAUUGCUGGACUUGGUGAACUACAGGACACAGAAGGUAAAAGAAUAACCAGUUGGAGGAAAGGAUACCAGAAAGGUCAACCAGACAUAAUAAUUGGAAACCCAAGCAAGAGACACACAGGAUUCUGUAUCGAGCUUAAGACUCCAAAGGGAACUGGAUCACUUAGUAGGGAACAGGGAGAUUUACUUAAAAAAUACAGACGUAACGGCUACAGGUGUAUGGUCUCGAAUGACUAUGACCUAAUAGUAAGAGAGGUGAUCGAGUACUUCAAAGACCUGAGAAUAAAGUGUGAGUACUGUAGUAGGGGAUUCCUAAGCGAAAAGUCGCUGAGUAGUCAUGAGAAAUACUUCCAUAAAAUCAGGUGUGUUUGAGUUAACUGGUAAGUAGAUUUGAGUUAACUGGUAAGUAGAUUUGAGUUAACUGGCAAGUAGAUUUGAGUUAACUGGUAAGUAGAUCUGAGUUAACUGGUAAGUAGAUUUGAGAAAAACAUAAGUUAAAGUAUAACUAGAAUGAGUGAUAACAAGGAAGCCAUCAAAAUAACAAGCGAUAAACCAAAGGAUCCACGUAGGGUCGAGGCUGGUAAGAGACUAGCAGCUAUUAGUAGGCAGGCGAAAGAGAGGAAGAAAAUGAAAAUGGCAGAAUCUGAGGAAAAGGAUAGUGUGUCACUCAACACCAGCCAUCUAAUUGCAGGUAUCGGGAUACUCGUCGGAGUCGCCGCUCUCUACUUCAGCUAUAAGGACAACAGGAGGGAGGAGGCCCGAGUGAAGGAAACCAAAAACGAAGAAAAAACAGUGGAAAUCAAGAGGUCGCUCGACAGCUUGGAGUAGGGAAAUAAAACAUACACUAUAAUAUACAAACAAUGUCAGUUGAGAAAGAGUCAAUGAAUGAAGUGUACGACGCAGUGCUAAUCACAACCGGAGCAGUGGCAGUAUCGAUGGCUUCGAAGAAACUGCUAAAGGAACCGCUGGGGACUCCAGAGAGCCUAAAGGGGUUUGGUAAACUCGCAGUUUCUGUAAGUAUUUCAGCGCUGCUAGUGAAGUACUUACAAAAGAAUAAAUAUCUACCAACUGACCCCUUCAGUAAUAAGUAAGUUAUAACUUAUCAUAUUGAUGGCAAGUGUAGUAGUAAGCGGUGUAUUCAACGCGCUAGCGUUUGCUGGGGCAGGGUUCCUGUUCCAACACCUCAACAAGAAUGGGUAUGAAGAAGAAAUGAAAAGACAUAAUAAAGCACUCGAAGACCUAGCGAAAGCUAAAGAGCUAUUUAGUGAAAACGAAAUAAGGGAAAGAGACCGCAUCCAGAAACUAAGGCAGGAGCUAGCAGACGCAAACGCUGAUAUAAAGCACACGAAUCAGUCCCUGGAACUUCUGAGAAAAAUACGAACUGUGAUGUAUACUGGAACCAAGUUCACAGAAGAGCCGAAACUCAGGGACUUCUACAAACCCAGUCCCGAGAUGGAAAAAUACCAGGCAAUCGUUGGUGUUGUAACUGGGGUCGGUGUUGGCUACUUAGUAAAUAAAGUCAUAUAAUAGACUAUAGAGAAAGAUGGAAAACCGGGAGCUAAUAAACAGGCUAGUUCAGAUUAACGACGAGGAGUUCGACAAAAUUUCCAGAAAAAGUGAAACACUUGAGGAGUUAAUAUCUAAUAUAGACGAACAUGUGGCUGAAAGAAUAAAGAAGCGUAGGAGAAACUUCCACAAUCAAGCCAUCAGAAGAUGUGAGAGAUGCACUAGUAGGGAAAAAGCUGAGGAGUCAGGAUACACAGUAUGCACCAACUGCGGUCAGGUCAUGGAUGCACACCUGUCUGACAACGUCAGCUAUGAGCACAACAAGGAUGACUACCUAAAGCAAAGGAGUGAGCACUGUAGGGUAAGGUGGUUCAACAGACUCAUGAGGACUUACGUACACAGCUCCCACUGGCAGCUGGUCUCGUACAACUUCCAGGAGAUAGUAAGGUGUAUUGAAAGAAAUAACUUAUUAGCGGGUAGGAACAUGGUAAAGUAUAGCUUUUACCUAGCAAGGAUUUGCAGUAAGAAUGGUGUGAAAACCAGAACACCAAUUCCUGACCUGAAAACAUCAAAAGCACUAGACAAUCUAGAAGACAGACUAUUCGGUGUGGUGUACCCAGAACUAGGUUGGUCAGGCUCAGGGUGCGCCUAUUACGAAAAGUGGAAAACGAGAAAAGCAAAAAAAACAUAUAGGCAGAAAAAACUUUUGACUUAAAGAAAAAAUCUUAAGUAAAAGUAUAGUGGAAAAUGACGACUAGUAAAAAUGCUGAGUCAGCGUUUUUUCCUGUAAGUGAAAAAAGUGACUUUGACUUAAAGAGAAAAAUCCUAAGUAAAAGUAUAGUGGAAAAAAUGUCAGACAACACGCGAACCGACCAGGAGCGGGAUGAGGUCAUAGCUGGACUAACAGAGGAGGUUAGGGCACUGAAAGCUGAACUGAAAUACUGCAGGAAUAAGUCGGAUAACCUGGAGAAGAUAGUUAGUGGAGAAGCACCGCCCAUCCCACUAAAGAGGCACAACCUCUGAGUAAAGAAGGAACCGAACUCAGAGAAGACAGUUAGCGGUGAAGCACCACCCCUCCCACCGAAGAAACCCGAUGAAGAAGCCAGAAAAACCGUGAAGGAAGUUGUUGAACACUAUGAGAACAUUUCCAAUGGCCGGUGAAAAGGCAACGGUGAAUCGGUUGAAAACAGCCCUCAAGGGAAGUACCAAGUCCUUCUGGAUCGGCAUAGUCAGCAACGACCCCCAGUGGCAAAUGAUUGGAACAAGGGAGGUAAUGGAAGACCUAAUCCUACAGCAGCUGCUAGACCUUGGCGGACUUAAGUUCUCUGAAGUGUUGAAGAUCAAGAUGGUAAAGGGAAUGGCGUCCGACUCCAACAAAGAAGAAGGGGUUUUCUUCUUUAACUCUUACACAUCAACGCUAACAGAAGACGGAGCAGCACCCGAGAGCGUCAAGAGGAACACAGAGCUGAUAGUCGCCAGAAUCUCUAACUUCCAGGAAAGAGGAAGCAACUGGAGGGUAGGAACCCUGAUAAGCCACUAUGUAAACGUAACGAAAUACUCACCUCUCAGUGGGAAGUCAUAUAUUAAGCUUGACACCAAACUCAACAACCCAAAGCAGGGUCUGGUCAACAUUAAGAACAACGACAAUGAGUGUUUCAGGUGGUGUCACAUCAGACACCUCAACCCUCAGGAAAAGGACCCACAGAGAAUAAAGAAAAGCGACAGAAAGCUGGUGAAAAGUCUCGACUACAGUGGGAUAACUUUCCCAGUUGGAACCAGAGACAUACCGAAAAUAGAGAGACAGAACAAGAUAAGGGUGUCAGUGUUUGGAUACUCCGACUCAAGAAAGUUCUUCCCCAUAUACGUGUCAGGUGAGAAGUUCGACGACCACAUGGAACUCCUAAUGAUAUCUAAUGAGACAACCAACCACUACGUAUUAAUAAAGGACUUCAACAAGAUGAUGUUCAGAGCAAGCAAAAACAGGUGUAGAAAACACUUCUGUAUGUUCUGCCUCCAGUCGUUCACAACCGAGGACAUACUCGACAAGCACAUCGAAAUCUGCAUGGAAGUGAAUGGAAAACAAACGGUAACCAUGCCUAGGAUAAACUCAUCCAUAAAAUUCAAGAACUUCCACAGGCAGCUGCCAGUUCCAUUCACAAUAUAUGCUGAUUUCGAGGCUAUCCUGGAAAAGGUCAACGGAGAAAGCCCAGACGAGCUUGAAUCAUACACCCACAAGUACCACAACCACACAUGUUGCGGCUAUGGGUACAAAGUUGUGUGUCACUUCGAUGACAGCUACUCCAAACCUUACAAGCACCACAGGGGAAAGGACUCAAUCAACCACUUCAUAAAAAGUAUGCUGAAAGAGUCAAAACUCUGUAGGGAAGUAACAAAAGGAGUCUUCAAUGUAGAGAUGAAACUAUCGAAAGAAGACCUGAUAAACUUCGAGAAGGCAGACAAGUGUUCCAUCUGUGGGGUUGAGUAUAAGGAUGAAGACACAAAAGUAAGAGACCACUGCCACGCAACAGGCAAAUACAGAGGGUCAGCACACAAAGCCUGCAAUCUAAACUUCAGGAUGGUUGAGAAAGUACCGGUUGUGUUCCACAAUCUCAGAGGUUAUGAUAGCCACCUGAUAAUGUAGGAAAUAGGUAAGUUCGAUAUGAGGAUAAGUGUGAUCCCCAACAACAUGGAGAAGUACAUGGCUUUCACAUUGGGGAGAAACUUGGUCUUCAUAGAUUCAUUCCAAUUCAUGGAUAGAAGUCUAGCUAACCUUGCUAGCUACCUACCAGACAACCUCUUUCACAAAGCAGAAGGGGGUUUACCCAUAUGAGUAUAUGGACUCAUUUGAAAAAUUCGAGGAGGAAAAACUUCCUGAAAAGUCAGACUUCCAUAGUACCAUGAACAACUCAGACAUCAGCGACUAAGACUACGAAAGAGCAAAAACAGUGUGGAAAGUGUUUGGGAUGAAGAACAUGGGAGACUACCACGAUCUGUAUCUGAAGACUGAUGUUCUGAUACUAGCUGAUGUGUUUGAGAACUUCAGGAAAGAAUGCCUUAAACACUAUAAGUUGGACCCAUGCCACUACUUCUCAUCCCCAGGUCUUAGCUGGGACUCAAUGCUAAAAAUGACUGGAGUAAAACUGGAGCUAAUGUCAGACGUUGACAUGUUUCAGUUCAUAGAGAGGGGAAUGAGGGGCGGAGUGUCAUACAUUGCCCACAGACACUCAGAGGCAAACAACAAACAUAUGAGUGACUAUGAUGAGGAAAAGUCAAACAAGCACAUAAUCUACCUGGACGCCAACAACUUGUAUGGUUGGGCCAUGAGUCAGAACUUACCAACCGGUGGAUUCAGGUGGAUAACACUGAGGAAUAAGGAGAGGCUAGACCAUGAAAAGGUACCAGACAACACAGGCCUAAUACUUGAGGUCGACCUUGAGUAUCCGAAGGAACUUCACGACCUCCACAAUGGGUACCCACUAGCACCAGAAAGAAUGAUGAUAGAGGACAGCAUGCUAUCGGGGUACUGUAGGGAGGUGAAGGAGAAAUUCAACCUGACGUCUGGGAACAUCCACAAACUAAUCACAAACUUGAAUGGAAAGAAAAACUAUGUGGUUCACUACAAGAACCUGAUGUUAUACAAGAAGCUCGGACUCAAAGUCACCAAGAUACAUAAGGCGCUGAAAUUCAACCAGUCGCCUUGGUUGAAGGAGUACAUUGACUUCAAUACCAACAUGAGGAAGGAGUCAAAGAACGACUUUGAAAAGAACUUCUUCAAACUAAUGAAUAACUCAGUGUUUGGAAAGACAAUGGAAAAUCUCAGGAAAAGAGUAGAUAUACAACACAGGCCUAAUACUUGAGGUCGACCUUGAGUAUCCGAAGGAACUUCACGACCUCCACAAUGGGUACCCACUAGCACCAGAAAGAAUGAUGAUAGAGGACAGCAUGCUAUCGGGGUACUGUAGGGAGGUGAAGGAGAAAUUCAACCUGACGUCUGGGAACAUCCACAAACUAAUCACAAACUUGAAUGGAAAGAAAAACUAUGUGGUUCACUACAAGAACCUGAUGUUAUACAAGAAGCUCGGAUUCAAAGUCACCAAGAUACAUAAGGCGCUGAAAUUCAACCAGUCGCCUUGGUUGAAGGAGUACAUUGACUUCAAUACCAACAUGAGGAAGGAGUCAAAGAACGACUUUGAAAAGAACUUCUUCAAACUAAUGAAUAACUCAGUGUUUGGAAAGACAAUGGAAAAUCUCAGGAAAAGAGUAGAUAUACAACUCGUGAGCAACCCCAAGAAGCUGGUAAAAUAUCUUUAAAACCAACCUUUGUUAGUACUAAGAUAUUCAAUGAGAACCUGACUGCAGUUAGAAGAAUAAAAGAGAACUUGACUCUAAACAAACCAGCUUACGUUGGAAUGUGUAUAUUGGACUUGUCAAAAACCCUGAUGUAUGACUUCCACUACAACUUCAUUAAGAAGAAAUACGAUGAAAGAGCCAGGCUACUGUUCACUGACACCGACAGUCUAAUGUACGAAAUAGAGACCGACGACAUCUAUGAGGAUCUCUUCGAGAGUAAAGAAAUGUUCGAUAAUAGUGACUACCCUAAAGAGUCAAAAUUCUACUUCGGUGAAAACAAAAAAGCAAUAGGAAAAAUGAAGGACGAGGCAGCUGGAGUACCAAUAACAGAAUUCGUUGGACUGAGAAGCAAAAUGUACAGCUACACCAAGGAAGGUGGGGGUGGUGGGAAAACCGCAAAGGGUGUGAAGAAGUCAGUAGUAAAACACAACAUCGAACACAAGAACUAUAGGGAUGUCUUGAAAGGUGGAACCCAGCUACACCACAAAAUGCAGACCAUUAGGUGUGUUGGGCACAAACUAGGAUCAUACGAGAUAAACAAGGUGUCACUGAGUUGCUAUGACGACAAAAGAUAUAUUUUACCUAACGGAGUUGAAAAUCUGGCGUAUGGUCACUGGAGAAUAGCUGAGAUUGAAGAGGGAAAAUAAUUACAACGGUGACGUUCGAGGUGUAUAUAAUACUGCCUCCAAGCCUGACCACAAGACCUGAAAAUCAACUUGUAGAGCUUGAGGGUUCUAGCGCAUUUUGUAGAUGGUUGAAAGUGGGUGGCUUGAAGAGGUGAUUUGAGUUAGUAAAUUGUGAAUAAGUUUCAAAACUGAGACUAGAAAAUCAACUUGUAGAGCUUGAGGGUUCUAGCGCAUUUUGUAGAUGGUUGAAAGUGGGUGGCUUGAAGAGGUGAUUUGAGUUAGUAAAUUGUGAAUAAGUUUCAAAACUGAGACUAGAAAAUCAACUUGUAGAGCUUGAGGGUUCUAGCGCAUUUUGUAGAUGGUUGAAAGUGGGUGGCUUGAAGAGGUGAUUUGAGUUAGUAAAUUGUGAAUAAGUUUCAAAACUGAGACUAGAAAAUCAACUUGUAGAGCUUGAGGGUUCUAGCGCAUUUUGUAGAUGGUUGAAAGUGGGUGGCUUGAAGAGGUGAUUUGAGUUAGUAAAUUGUGAAUAAGUUUCAAAACUGAGACUAGAAAAUCAACUUGUAGAGCUUGAGGGUUCUAGCGCAUUUUGUAGAUGGUUGAAA